AACCUUGCACGAGUUUUCAAGAGUGUUUGAGAGUUGCCGGGAACGAACGUACACAUAACUGCGAGUCCUUCUUUCCACGUGGAGUGUUGUUGCUCAAAACCAGCCAAAAUUUCACCCUCAAAGUCCGGGGACAUGACUGCUGAGACCCAGGCCCCAAGCACCAAGCGACGGGUGUCGGUCUGUGUCGGCUGUGGCUCGCAGAUUCAGGACCAGUUUAUUAUGAGGGUCGCCCCCGACUUGGAGUGGCACGCAGGGUGCCUUAAGUGUGCUGACUGUGACCAGUAUCUCGACGAAUCGUGUACAUGUUUUGUCAGGGAUGGGAAAACCUACUGUAAACGGGACUACGUGCGGUUAUUCGGGACAAAGUGUGCUAAGUGUGGUUUAGGAUUCAGUAAGAAUGACUUUGUUAUGAGAGCAAAAACAAAAAUAUUUCACAUCGACUGCUUCCGUUGUGUAGCAUGCAGUAGACAGCUAAUACCUGGAGAUGAAUUCGCCUUGCGAGACGACGGGCUGUUCUGUAAGGCUGAUCACGAUGUCGUUGAACGCGCCUCGGGUCCUCUAUGUGACCCUGGGAGCCCACUUAGCAAUAACAAUAACAACAAUAAUGACUCGUCAAGUGUAAACAACAACAAUAAGAAAAGCCACUCAGAAAAGAAUGGACUACAACUUGCAGGUCGAGCAGAGCAGGCAGGCGGAACCAAGCCUGCUCGGGGUGGCCAUAAGUCUGAUCACAAGACCACGCGGGUGAGGACGGUGUUAAAUGAGAAACAGUUACAUACGUUACGGACUUGCUAUAACGCGAACCCCAGGCCGGACGCUCUCAUGAAGGAACAGCUGGUGGAGAUGACCGGCCUCUCCCCCCGGGUCAUCAGGGUGUGGUUCCAGAACAAGAGGUGUAAAGACAAGAAGAGAAGCAUCCUCAUGAAGCAGAUUCAGCAGCAACAGGAUAAGCCUUUCUUUCAUCUGUUGCAGAACGGAAACGGCUUGCAGCGCCCCCUGCAGGGAGUCCCCAUGGUGGCAUCCAGCCCCGUGCGUCACGAGGGGCCUGGAAUCCAGGCCAGCCCAGUAGAGGUCCAGAGUUACCAAACUCCUUGGAAGGCCCUGAGUGAGUUCGCCAUGCAGGGAGACAUCGACCAUCACCAUCCCCCCUUCCAACAACUGAUGUCAACGUUCGACAACAUGGAAGCCCACUGCGGGGCAGGGGGAGCGUCCCCACAGAGCGACCCCCUCAUGCACGUCUCCUACCUCCACCACGACGACAUGCCCAACUCCGUCAGUUCCGACUUUCCCCGAACACCGUCAGAACUCUCGAGUCCGCUCAGUCAGUGACGGUAUCCCGUUGGCGGCGUCUGGGACUGACGUCGCCUCGGACAACUUACUCAAUCAACCUAGUACCUCACUGCCACUCUGUUGGGGGCAGGAGACCCAUAUUCCGUUCAGGGCUCCUACGCGCACAAGGAACACGCCCAUCAACGUCCCACCGGCUGGUCCUCAGUCUUAGUGUAAACUGGGCUUACCUGUGUGCAGUGUGGACGUACGAAAGUCAUAGUGAGCCAGACUCCAAGUCAAACCAGGAAGUGGAGGACCGGCACCGGUCCGGGUUUUACACGGGACGAGUAUCUGUGUUAGCCUACCAUGUAGGUGUUGUUAUCAACCGGAUCAAGGGUCCGGACCAAGAAUGUUGUGUUGACUCGUUGUGAAAAAUGUGGAUAUAUAUAGGACAAAUGAAAUUAUGAACAAUGUAUAUAGACAGUGGUUUGUGUCAUUCUCGUGCUGUGCUUCUUAUUGUUAUUUUUGCACGAACUGAGCGCGUGGCUCCGAACUAUACCCCACCCACCCCUUAUUGGGGGGUGGGGUACGACAACACGUCUGUGCAUUGUUUACACCACAGAGUAGCUAUGUGAUCUUGUCUUCUCCAUGUCGUGCUGUCAUCUCUCUCAUCAGCACGUGCAGAACGUGCAAUCAAAAUGGCGUCCUCUAGUGUAUCUCACUCAAUCAUCCCUAUUUCUUGAAAAACAUAAUUUAAAUUAUGCAAUAAAAUGUGUACAAAUGUGA